AUGAACGGCCAUGGAGGAGUCGUCCAUUCCAUGAGGCCUGGCGACGUCCACCCCAUUCCUUUCACUCCUGUACCAUCCAUGGGGCAAGAAUUGGGCAUUAUGUUUGGCUUCAUCUUCUUAUCGAUAGUGACCAUGCUUGUCUAUUGGUAUUUCUGGCAAGCUGCCCAAAAGCGCAACGCUGCGAUAGAAGUUGCUCGCCGUGAGGCCCUCACCGCGCAAGAGCGACUACGGCGAUCCGAGAAACAGAGGGAGCAGGGCGUGGACGAUAAUAGUGAUCAUGAUGGCUUUGCGGUACCAGGAGCUGUUGAUGGGAUGCCGAGUCGAUCGACUCGGAACGGCACGAGUGCGAAUGGGUUUGGGUUUGGCGAUGCGAUGCAGGAUUUGAUUGUUUAA